CAUAUAUUACGAGACAUGUGUAAUCUAUCUUUGUUUUUCUACAAAAGAGACGCAAUAGAAACAACAACUUACUCAUGGAUACAGCGUAGGCCCCUCCAAUGCCUUCUAUAUUUUCCGUCUGGUAGUGCGGCGUGUUCUUUAAGUUCAUUUGCCUACGUGAGAGGUUAUUAUAAAACCGGAGUGUUCACAGCGUUUGUUUCCAUAACUUUUUUUGUAGUCGACUCGGCUCGGGUAUUCGUCUGGCGCACAUUCAAAUUUCAAGUGAUAACUUCAACUAGAAUGAAGUUCUUUUUGUUACCAAACUCACUUGCGCGGGUGUUAUGUAUAUUAAGUAUACAUUAUGUGAAUUGUGAAAUUGAUACUGUAAUAACGACACCUCUGGGGAAAAUCGGAGGUUAUCAUAUGAAAACUAGAGGAGGUAGGGAAAUAUCAGCUUUCACAGGUAUACCCUACGCGGUACCUCCCCUCGGAGAUCUCAGAUUUAAGGGUCCAGUGCCAAUAGAUUCAUGGAGAAGUACACUGGACGCCACUCGACCCACUCCGCUAUGUGUUCAAAGAAACCCAUAUAUCAGACAAAAAGAGAUAAUUGGCCAAGAAGACUGUUUAUAUCUCAACAUAUACACACCAUACACGAGCAAUGAUAUCAUACGCGAGAAUAAACUCCUGCCAGUGAUGGUUUUUAUCCAUGGAGGGGGUUGGAUGUGUGGGGACUCCACUACGGCUAUGUAUGGACCGGAGUAUCUCCUAGACCGAGACGUCAUAUUAGUCACCAUCAACUACCGGCUUGGUCCUCUCGGGUUUCUGUCCACCCAAGACGAGCACUGUCCCGGCAACAACGGGCUCAAGGACCAACAGGAAGCCCUUCGUUACAUCCAAAAGACGAUAGCCAGUUUUGGUGGAGAUAAAAAUUCUGUUACAUUAUUUGGAGAAAGCGCUGGAGGAGCUAGCGCUCAUUUCCACAUGUUGUCUGAUUCUAGUCAAGGUCUAUUUCACAAAGCUAUAUCUGAAUCUGGUACGGCAUUAGUACCAUGGGCGGAGGCGGCUCCUGGCGAGGCCUUGAAGAAUGCUUUUCGUCUAGCCAAAUUCUUAGGCUGUCCGCAAGCGCCUUCACCGAAAAUGAUAAAUUGUCUGAGGACCAAGGAUAGUUAUGAUAUUAUCGAUACAGAGUUUCGAUUCUACGCUUGGGAUUACGAGCCCAUGACUCCAUUCAAAGCUGUAGUGGAGCCUGAUCUUCCCGGAGCGUUCUUGACGCGAAGUGCAAGGAAGAUUCCCAAGAAUUCCCACAUUCCGUGGCUGACUGGCUUGACUAAGGAUGAAGGCUGUUUAAAGUCUGGGUGGAUUACAAAAAAUGAAACAAGGUACAAAGAGUUCUUAUCAGGUUUUGAUACAAUUGCACCAGUCACAUUUUACUAUGAGAACUCGCCAUUUGAAGCAGUAAUCACUAAAACUAUUCGCGAAAAGUAUGCAAUAAGCAAUGACAUGGAAGCUUCUAAACAUGGAGUAUUACAGGUUUAUACCGAUUCCUAUUUCGCUUAUCCUGCGGUUGAGGCCCUGGAAUCAGUUUUCAACUACACGAAAUCUUCUGUGUAUUUAUACGAAUUAGCUUAUGAAGCAACAAAUAGUUUUUCUCAAAUAUUUGGAUACGGAGAGGAAAAAAUAGGUGUAUGCCAUGCUGAUGACCUAAUGUACCUUUUCCCAAUUCAUUUCCUAUUGAAGAAACCAUCCCAAGAAGACGUUGAAAUGAGUAAACUCAUCAUAACGCUUUGGACAAAUUUCGCAACUAGUGGAAAUCCAAAUAAACCCAAAAAAAUACCAUUUAAAUGGGAACCUGCGACGAGUGGACAAAAAAUGGAAUAUUUGCAGAUCGACAAAAAACCAACAAUGAAACAAAACUUAGGGUCUAGAUCCCGGUUCUGGGCUGGGUUGCCUCUGUGGCACAACGUGCGCACUCAACGCUUUUCCGACGAACUGUGAUUUCAUUUUGGUAACUAAGGUAUUAACGCGAUUGAAAAUAUAUAAUGCUAUAUUACUAUAUAGCAUUAUAUAUUUUAGAUACCUAUUAAUAUACAAUAAUGUGACAAAUCCUCUCAUUUCCAAUUAAACUAAACCAAAGGAAACAUAGUUCUAUGGUUAUCCACCAGUCAACGCUAUUGUUACGAUAGAAAACAAAAUGUUUUCAAUUACUUGGUUAAUAUAUCGUAGUUACUAUUUCCGAAGUCAACUAAUAAUUACAUAAGUUUUUUUUACGGAAAUGGACUUUUAGUAGAAAAAAAUAUCACAGAAUUUUGCAGAUAAACUGUUAGGUAAAUUAAACAUAAAGCUAAUAUACUUACCUAAUUGUAUUUGCUUUGAUUUGCAAAGUAUAUCAGAAACGUUUAUAGUCAUUUUAAGAAGCCGUGGUAGAUGAACAAAUUAUAUCAUUGAAAAUACCGAUAUCGGUUUCUUAUAUCGGUUUAUUCCUAUUAUUAUUUAUCCCAUGUCAUGUCUUUACCACUCCACCAAUUUCUAAUAUUAGUGUAAUAACCUUUUUUCUUCACGAGCUUUUCAUUAUUCAACACGGCGCAGAACCGACAGUAGUCAUCUGUAUCUGGACUUUCAUGUCUAUAAUGAUACGAAUAAUAUUUCUUCCAUUUAAAAUACUGAGCAUAAGCUGUCGGGUCUUUUGAUAAUUCAAACAUUUUUUGUGCUAACUUUGCUGCUCCUAAUUGUCGGGCGUCUAAGUAUGACCCAUUCGGUAGGAAUCUAAUAACAAAUCAAAGUAUCAAUAAAUUGAAUUGAAUUGAAUUAAAAUUUUACGAAACAUAAAUAAAAACCUAAUCAUGUAUAAAUAGGUA